CGGAUGUGACGUCCACUAACUUCCGCUCAGCGAUUUGACGGCCUUGGUCUGAGAGGCGAGGGUCAAUAGGCAGAGAGAGAGAAAUAGCCCUAUCCUGACUCAGUCAAGAUGUAACACCCACUAACUUCCUCCUUGGAUGUCUGUGAGAUGAGAUGUGAGCACCCUGGUCUAGGAGGCAGCUUCAGGUUCUUGGGGGACACCCCUCAGGAGGACAGCGUGUGAGGCCCCAGAGCACCUCUCAGUGCAUGUAAGAGACUGUGCCAUCAUGCCCAUGGAUCAGGUGGAUGAGCUCUGCAAGCAUCAGGAAGACCGUCAGGAGCCAAGAGAGUCCUUUGACCUGGAGGAUGAACAUCCCCUUCAGCUGCCCUGGGCUGAGGAGGAAGAGGAGGAGGGCACUUCCACCUCCUCCUCCUCUUCCUCUGGCUCCCGCUCCCCGCCUCUCCUGUUAGAGGACUACCCCGAGGGGGCGGCUGCUUCCUGGCCUCUCAUUGCUCUCCGAGCCACUCCCAGAGCCCACCCCAGGGCUCUGGCUGAGCCUCUGGGAAGCCAAUCCCAGGAAAAUGCCAGGAGCCUGGUCGAGGUCGGGCCAGGUGUCUCACAGGAGCCAGCGAGAGCCCAGGCCUCCCACGAAGACGCACUGCAUGAGAAAAUGGCUGACUUAGUGUGGUUCUUGCUCCUGAAAUAUCGCAGCAAAGAAACAACAAACAAGGCCGAGAUGCUGAUUGAAGUGCUCAGCAACGACCAGGAGCACUUCCCCGUAAUAUUUAGCAAUGCUUGCGAGUGUGUGCAACUGGUCUUUGGCCUUGAUGUGAACGAAGCUGACCCAAGCAGCCAAUCUUACAUGCUGGCCACCACUCUGGGCCUCACCUAUGAUGGGCUGAUGAGCCCCGAGGAGAUCAUGCCCAAGACAGGUCUGCUGGUGAUCGUCCUAGGCGUGAUCCUCCUUGAGGGAUACUGCACAUCUGAGGAGCAUAUGUGGGAGGCUCUUGAGGCAAUAGGAAUAUGCGCCGGCAGUGAGCACUUCAUAUAUGGGGAGCCUCGUCAGCUCCUCACCCAAGUUUGGGUGCAGGAGCAAUAUCUUGAAUACCGACAGGUUCCCCACACCUAUCCGGCCCGUUACGUUUUUCUGUGGGGCCCCAGAGCUCAUGCCGAGACAAGCAUGAUGGAAGUCUUGGAUCGAUUCCUCAAGAUCCAUAGCUUGAAUGCUAGUUGCUUCCUUGCUUUCUCUGAAGCGGCUAUGGGCCGUGGGAGAAAUGAACCCUGAGCCAGCCUGAAGAGAGCAGCCAGGGAUCAGGGGGGAGGGCAGGGAGUUAUGGAACAGGGUGUAAAAAUUAUUCUCUGUGGAGACUUAAGAACUGAUAAUUCUUUAGAAAUUUUUACAAUGCUUCUUUAAAAUAUUUAUGAAAUUUAUCAUCUAUAUUUGUGAAUUAACAUUGAUCACACUUGUUUGUAAUUACCUAGUCCAAGGGGAAGAGUUCUGCUAUUUUGUGAAAGAAUUGGUGUUCCAUCUUAGUUUGUGAUGCAAUCCUCGAUCACUCUUAACUGAAAUAAGAACUUUCUUGCCUGUGUAAAAGAACUUAACAGGAAAAUGGACAGAGUCAAAACAGAGAAAUAAAAUUGAACCAUACCAAA